AUGACGGGCGAGGCUCCCGAGUCCGCCGAGCAGCAAGCUCCCCUGCCCAACGGCCAGCCCGACGCGCGGCCUGCGAGCGCGGGCCCUCAUCCGCCGGCGCCCACGGCGCCCGCCAACGACUCGAGGCUUCCCUCGCGCAAGGAUGUCUCGCUGCGCGAGUUCCUGCACAAGAUUGACGACUACGCUCCCAUUAUCCCCGAUGCCGUCACAAACUACUACAUGACAAAGGCCGGCCUGCCCCCUCCGCCCCAGACGGACGCGCGGCUCGCGCGGCUCCUGGCCCUCGCGACGCAAAAGUUCGUCGCCGACCUCGCCGCCGACGCGUACCAGUACAGCCGCAUCCGGGCGUCCAACACAAACGCCAACAACCCCAUGGGCUCCCUCGGCGCCGCCGCCGGCUUCCCCAUCCCAGGCCAGCAAGCGGCCGUCGGCGGCGGCCAGCCCGGCGGCGGCGGCAAGGACCAGGGCAAGGGCGUCACGGGUCCCGGCGGCGCGCCCCUCGGCAUCCAGCGUCCCGGCUUCGGCGGCGGCGGCCAGGGCGGCAGCCAGAAUCGGACGGUGCUGACCAUGGAAGACCUGGGCAUGGCCGUCGGCGAGUACGGCGUCAACGUCAAGAGGAGCGAGUUUUAUCGCUAA